AUGGUGGGUGCUCAACGUCGAAAAGGUCCCUGGCCUGUCAUCUCCAUUGGUGCGGCACAGCUUUUCCGGCACGAACCCCUCUAUUGCCACAAGGCAUCUCCGCGGAUCUUCCCGCAAAUCUGCGUGCUCACAGUGCUAAGAACCAGCAGCCCUCUAAAUCCUGCCCAACUUUCACAGCAACGCAAGGCGCCAAAUGCUGCCAGAAUCCCGUCAUCUCUUCACAAUACGACACAAACACGCGGUCCUUAUACUGUGCUCUGGUUGCAUCCAAGACCUGCACCCCAGAUAUUCUUUAACCAGGACCAGCGAAAAUUACCGCCAGAGCCUCGAGGCAAGCUGCAAAUGCUGCAGUUGAUAUUAACUACAUACCAACUAGGUAAGGUCAGGAACAGUGCUGCACCUCGAAUUGACUUUUGA